UAGUCUAAUUACCAUCAUUAAUGAAGUCUGAGUGAAUAUUUAUGAUACAAAUGAAAGGUUUAUGUUAAAGAUCUUUAGUAUAUCAGGUAGGGGGGGCCGGUGAAAGGACCCUGACUCCUGUGUUGGCCUUUAGCCACUCCCCUGGUCCACCAGCAGUGUGUUAUCCCUUCUCGCUGCUCAUGCUAUCUUUGUCCUGCCGCCGGCUUCACAUAUAAUCCCACACAUGAACGGCACUUCAUGGGAGAUACCGCAGAGACCGCAGUGGGAAAUACAUGCACUGCUAGCAGACCUAGAGUCUACAACGUCCCACAUCUCGAAGCGCCCGGUCUUCCUGCCCGACGAGACCCCCUACUCCAUUCCAACGGGCGGCCUCCCCUACCAAGAUGCGUCGGUGCCGCCUCCAGUGCCGCCCCCUCCUUCAGCCGAUGCUCUGAACGGCUCCCUGACGGAUCAGCCAGACUCCGACCACUCCUCCCAACAGUCUCUAGGUUCGGCUCAUAAGAGCUCGUGGUCCAGGGACAGCAGCAGUUCUCCGCUGUCUCACAUCGAAGAGGACCACGUUUACAGCUUUCCUAACAAACACAAGACGUCAGACUCGUCUCCAGCAGCCAUGACCUCGGCCCUGGGCAGUAACCUCUCGGAGCUGGACAGGCUUCUGUUGGAGCUCAACGCCGUGCAGCAGAGCUCUCCUUCCUUCCCCACUACAGAGGAGGCAGCUCCACCAUUGCCGUCCUGCAGUAUCACCCACUACGAGAACGGCGGCGCUCCUGACAUCCUAGUAAGCCCCCCACCUCAGGAAAAACCAAAAAGGAAUGGAAUCAGGCCGGAGGAGGCGGGACCGACGAUGGAGAGUCUGCUGGACGGUUCAGGUUCUUCCCCCAGCUCCUCUCUGCGACACAGUGAUUUGGACCCGUCGUCUCAGCAGCAAGCGAGGAUGUCAGCUUCCUGUGCCACCAGAGAAUUAGACGAACUGAUGGCCUCUUUGUCUGACUUCAAGCCCAGUUCUUUGGGCUCUCUGCCAGACCAAGCAGGGAGACCGUCUUCCUCUCGCCAUUCUCCAGCGCCUUCCUCCGUCACCCCCGUGGUCUCCUCUUCUUCUUCUCUCGGUCUUCCCCACCCACCUGCCUCCUCUUUCCUCCCUUUCUCUGCUGGUCUAGAGUUGCACAUAGACGAGGACGGAAGAGACGGCGGCUCAGCCGUGCCUCCUCCGAGCCUCCUUGUUCCCCGUAGUCCCACUUCGUCUCUUUCUGCCGCCAGCGACAUAGACCUGGACUCCGUCAUCGACGUCUCUGCCGCCUUGCUGUCGUCCCAAACGAAGUCCCUGCUCGUCCUCUGUCAGUCUGCUCCCUCCAGUUCCAGCUUGUUGGGGAAUAGCCCGAGCCUUUCCAAUACCACCACCCCCUCGCUUUCCUCUGUUAACACUGUUCUGGAGCGCAAGACCUCCAAAUCGCCCAGUCCAUCCGCAGAGCGCCUUUCCCCCUCCGUCGCUAAGGCGUUCUGCGCGUCUGAGUCCGUCGGCCAUCGGCCUGCGUGUUUCCUCGACCCUGACUUGGAUUUCACCUCUUCGCCUCUUUCAAAAAGCCGCACUCCUCCCCUCUCAACUCCUUCCCCCCUGCCCGCUGCUGCGUCCCAAUCUUCUCUUCACCUCCCAACAAAACCCUACUCUCCGUCUGCGGCCUCUCCGCUGAUGAUGCCGUCUCCGCUGCUCUUCACCAGCAGACGGCUGUCGGAGGCGUCUCCUGUAGCACAGAGAGACGCUCCCCUCACUUUACAGCAACCCCCUGCGGAGGAGCCCUCUCUUGACGAGGCCCUGGAUAAACUCCUAGCCAUGGGUUUUGCACAAACGCACUCCUCCCAUCUGGAGGAAGCCCCUGAGAAGACGGAGGCUCGCUCUCUGGGGAACGGACUGCAGGAGGUGCAGGAGGAGCUGAUCCUGCCCAUGGACAGAAGCUGCGCUCAACCCGACACGUUCACCAGCACCACCAACACCCUCACAGACGACUCGAUGGACCUGGGAGCCGACGGCAACGGAGACCUGGACUGGGCGGACGAGGAGCUGUCCAUGUCCCUGCGCGAUGGACUGGACGGCUCCAUGACACCGUUCACAGAGAGGCUCUACACAGACGGGAGCAUGACUCCGCUGACUGAAGCCAGCUGGAUGGACGAGUCCAUGACGCCGUCCUCGUGCCCGGGGACCCCUGACGUCGCCCUGGACCUGCCCAUGCUCCAGGCUCCCAGUAUAGACAGAGUCUCUGCGACAGGACAUAUAAAAUCGGUGAUUAGGCGCACUAAAGAGACCCCCAACGUGCAUCCCAUGUUCCGGGACGGUCUGCUGCGCAGGAAGAUGGGACCCGUCAUUGUAAACAAGAACUCGUCCCAGGACCGUCUCAUAGAGGAGCUUCAGGGUAAGCUGGGGAUCAGCCGCUCGGAGCGCCGCCGCAAACAGACGGACGAGUGGCUGACCGAGGGUGUGGUGGUCACGUCCAAACCCCAGCGUUUCCGUCCCGAGGGAUCGGGCGGUGAGGUGGACAAGAUCAUUAUUCCUCCUGAGUCACCCGUUCCCGUCAGGAAGGUUCUCCCACCCCUCUCCCCCCCCAGCUCUCGUCACCCACCUGUGGUAGAAGAGCCUAAAAGACCACCCCCAGUGCAGCAGCCCCCCGUCCCAACACCACCACCACUUCCUCCGCCUUCAGCCUUUAAUGCACAAGCUAGCCGUGCUCAGGAACCGUUUCCCCUUCCUCACCAAAUCACAAAAGCCUCACCCCCACCAGCGCCCGUUCAGGACCUUCCCACCCCCAAAGCGGAGCCCCCUCCUCCUGUUGUCAGUGCCCCAAACCACCCACCGCCGGUGGAGCCAGCACAGCCAGCUGCGCCCAGAGUCCUGGUAUCUGUAGGCUGCCAGACAGAGUAUGACCCGUUCUUCCCUCCGAUGCAGAUUAUGGCCCAGGGGAAAGCAGGAGCUCCAGGUGGGCCUCCGACACAGGUCAACAAGCUGGACAACAUGCUUGGCAGCCUGCAGUCUGACCUCAACAAGCUGGGGGUGCAGACGGUUGCUAAAGGAGUCUGCGGAGCCUGCUGUAAGCCCAUCGUGGGACAGGUGGUGACGGCCAUGGGCCGCACAUGGCACCCCGAGCACUUUGUGUGUACGCACUGUCAGGAGGAGAUAGGCUCCAGGAACUUCUUUGAGCGGGAAGGGCAGCCCUACUGCGAGAAAGAUUACCACAAUCUGUUCUCUCCGCGAUGCUACUACUGCAACGGGCCCAUACUGGACAAAGUGGUGACGGCGCUGGACAGGACGUGGCACCCCGAACACUUCUUCUGCGCUCAGUGUGGAUCCUUCUUCGGCCCAGAAGGCUUCCACGAAAAGGACGGGAAGGCGUACUGCCGGAAGGACUACUUUGACAUGUUUGCACCGAAAUGUGGCGGCUGUGCCCGAGCCAUCCUGGAGAACUACAUCUCUGCGCUCAACUGCCUCUGGCAUCCGGAGUGUUUUGUCUGCAGAGAGUGCUUCACCCCGUUCGUGAACGGGAGCUUCUUCGAGCACGACGGCCAGCCGUACUGCGAGGUGCACUACCACGAGCGGCGCGGCUCGCUGUGCUCCGGCUGCCAGAAGCCCAUCACGGGGCGCUGCAUCACAGCCAUGGCCAAGAAGUUCCACCCGGAGCACUUUGUCUGCGCCUUCUGCCUGAAGCAGCUCAACAAAGGCACUUUCAAAGAGCAAAACGACAAGCCCUACUGCCAGGGCUGCUUCAUCAAGCUGUUCAGCUAGAGAGUUUGAGGGAACGCUUGUCCCCCCCCCCCCUACCAAGCGUACAGGAGGGCGGCGCCUUUGCAGCUGGCUCUGGUCAGACCGUGCGCUGCCAAAAAUAUUCACCCCCCUCUGAACCUCUUCCCAUCCUGAAACGUUACAACCUUCAGUGCAUUUCAUUUGGAUGUUAUGUUGUGCACCAACAUAACUAACGUUUAAGGAGGAUGAUACACGCUUUUAAAUGUUCUUACAGAUUAAAAUCAUGCAGCACAAAGUGAAGCAUGCAUUCGUACUUUUGCUGCAGCUACAGUUGUAAAUCAGCUGAGGGUUUUUCUCUCUGUUCGUCCGUUCUUUGCUAAAUAGCUCCAGCUCAGUCAGGACGGAUCCGCCUUUAAGCCUUUGAAAAGUUUCCCAGCAUCUUGCUUUGUGCCAUGAGCGGCUUUUUAACAAACUGCAAAGGGAGCUGAUGACGUGAUUUACGGCGCUCAUUAGUUUAUCCUCCUCGCAGUUCCUCACUGCUUUGUGUUGCUCUAUCAUGUGAAAUCCAGAUAAAUGCUUUGUUGUGUGCGCCUGUGACUAAACGUGCAAAAAAAGGUUCUAGGGGUGUGAAUAGUUUUAUGGGGCGCUCGUGUUAGUGGUGUGAAGUGAAAAGCGGGGUUGUCCUCUGGAGGUGAUGGGGGGGGGGGGGGGGGGAGUACGUUUUAGACGGAACGUGUGCAUGUCCGUGAAGCAGGACUGACCGAAACUUUGUUGAAGUGGCUUUUAGUUGGUCAGCAAAUCUGAUGACGACACAUUCGGCGUUGAACGGCGCCGCAAACCUUUUUAGAAAUCCCAGAAAUGGGCCGUCUUUCAGCUCCCACAGGCAGCAGGAGACCGUUUCUCUCCCGUUUCCGUGUAUGUUUGUUCCUUUAGGCGAACCUAAAACCGUCGUUUUUAAGCUGUCAUGGUUUCUGUCGUUUUAUGAGGUAGUGAAUUCAGACUGGAUGAGAUACUGGAUCCAUACACGCAUAUCCAUACAGGAAUCUGCGUGUUUCAUAAUUUUGCUCACUGGCUGAGUGUAUCGUUGUAGGAACCAUAAAGCAGAACAGACAACAUUAUAUUCUUUGUUAAGCUUUGGAAAAUGCACGAUUAGCUUUUUUUUCCUUUUUUUUAGCUUUUUUUUUUUUUUACCACAUAAAAUUUCAUAAAAAGCCUUUUAGAUACUUAUGUAGCAGAAACCGUGACGAGGAUAAACCCACGUCACUACAAACCAGGACUGUGAAGGUGUAACUCAGCUUGUGUAGAGAAGGGGAAAUGUGAAGUCACUCUAAAGCGAUGUUUAGACUCAUUGGUUAAGAAGGGUAGGAACCAUGUUACAGAGCUACACUUUCUUUUAUGGCAAAGCCAAUCUUUGAUCCAUUUUACAGUCUCUGCAAUUAUCUUAACACUGUUUUUUUGUGUGUUUUGUUUUUGUAAACAAAAUCCCUUUUUCUUCCAUUUGGGCUGUCCAUAAUUAGCUGUGUUGACAUUCUGCGCUGUCGGAUCAUUCCUCAUCUUUUCACUGAACAAAAGAGAAAAAUGUGUCUCGCAAAAAAGGUGGAGCCACAGUGUUUGGAUCUCUUACACUGGUGUUACUGUUUCUGACUAAAUCCUAGGAGGGUUUCUGUAAAUAUUCAAUGCAGCUACAUUGUCUGGAAUGUACUUAGCAUAUGUGUUUAGUAACCACUUGUUCAGUGAGGAAGAGCGAAGGCGUAGUGCAGAUAACUCAGAUAUAUUUGCUGUGAUUACUGUAUUGGGCAACGGAUGAAUGUUGAGCAGCACACAAGCUAGAGGAGCCGUUUGCUCGUGAUGUCCCAAUAACUAUGCAACUGUGGCUUAACGGCCCUUAUCCCGGCACGCAUUAACAGACUCGUUGCUUUUGUUGCUGUAGCUUGACUCACCAUCCAGUCCCGGUUCUAACCCCUGGUCUGUCUGUACCGUCGUCUGUGAGUUCACUAAAAUGUGUUGGCUGUUGAAGGAGAGCGCGGUGGUCUGCCAGGGGGAUUGGCAGGACUAAUUUGAAUCAUUUCCCACAGCAUGAGUGGCGUCUACUGUAUGACCACUAGGUUGAGUCUCUAUUCAUGAUCAUUUGCUCUUUUGUCUUGUUCAGGGAAUUCUAGAGCCUUAUUUCUUCUCUUAUUUAAGAUAUCAUGUUACAGGAAUCUCUCAAAUCAGUGUAGUGGUGUGUUAUUUAACCAAAGCCAUGCCUUCUUUAAAUUUUUCUUUUUUUUUCCCCCCCUUUUCACUUAGAAUGUCAGUGUAUACGAGUAGUGUGAUUAAUCAAUGUUAGUUUGAUUAUACAAAUAAAUUCUGUUUUGCUAUCAA